AAUACACAGUCACCAGGCCCCAACUCAACUUGCAAGCGGAUGACGGUUUUGCGAGGGACUGCUUCCAUUACCCUCCUUUGUUGCAUCCACAACGGAUAGUGAAACUGGGGACCUUGUCGCAUCAAGGGGUUUCCACCAUUCUCGGCACCUACUCAACACGCUCUACCACAACGAAGAUCUCCGAACCCAGCAAGCUCUCUCACAUCCUUCCCUCACAGCACCACACACAACCUGAAAAUGAGCACCAACCAAGCGAAGAAGGUCCCUUUGGACCUCGAAGAGAUUCUCAAAAAGAAGAAGGCCGCCGAUGCUGCAUCAUCGAAGCUACGAUUCAUCCCAAAGAAGGAACGAGAGCGCCAGGCAGCAGAGAAGGCCAAACAGGAGGAGGAAGAGCGCAAGCGUAAAGCCGAGGAGGAUGCGAAAAAGAAGGCAGAACUCGAGAGAAAAUGGGCUUCCGAAGCAAAUGGCACGGGCGAUAACAGAACGCAGAAUGGAUAUGGCAGCAGAGUUCCUACUGGUCCCAAGGCCAUGAACGGCACGGAAAACGGCAGAGACGGUCGAGGUGCCGGAGGCCGCGGGCGGGAUAAGCCAGAACGAAAGACGACAACGAAGGACGGCAAGGAGAAGAAGACUGCAGAAGCUAUCGAGGCCGACCUGCUGCGCAACCGGUAUCUCGGACCGGAGGUGAACAAACAGUCCAACUUCUCGGUGAAGAAGAAGCGCAAGAGGGCAACGGAGUUCAAGUUCGAAUGGGACGCGGAAGAAGAUACCACGCUCGAAAACGAUCCAAUGUACGAGUCCAACUCGACAACCCUGAAAUCCUACACAUUCGGCAGUCUAUCUGGCGAGUACACUGAAGAAGCCGAAGAGAUUGCGAGAAGAAGGGCAAGGAUGAUCGAGGAGAGAGAUCGCGAAUUUGGAAAGCAACGGGCAAAGGAGUUCAUGGAGGACUUCUACAAAGCACGAGAGAAGGCAAAGGAGCGCGCAGAUCGGUCGGGCCUGGGCAAGCACUGGUCGAAAAAGACACUCGAGGAUAUGCGGGAACGCGACUGGAGAAUUUUCAAGGAAGACUUUGGCAUUGCGACAAAGGGUGGCCUCAUCCCCAACCCGAUGCGCAGCUGGAAAGAGUCAGGAUUGCCGCGAAGGCUACUGGAGAUCGUUGACAGAGUGGGCUAUAAGGACCCUUCGCCCAUUCAGAGAGCAGCCAUUCCUAUCGCGAUGCAGGCUCGAGAUCUCAUCGGUGUGGCUGUCACUGGUUCGGGUAAAACUGCGGCGUUUCUUCUGCCGUUACUGGUCUACAUCUCGGAUCUACCGCCUUUAACGGAAAUCAACAAAAACGACGGAGCGUACGCCUUGAUCCUGGCGCCUACGCGUGAAUUGGUCCAGCAGAUUGAGACGGAAGCGCACAAAUUCGCCGAUCCGCUUGGCUUCAACGUAGUCAGCAUCGUGGGUGGUCACUCCAUGGAGGAACAGGUGCAUGCGUUGGGCAAAGGUGCCGAGAUUAUUGUCGCGACUCCCGGUCGUCUGGUUGAUUGCAUCGAAAGACGCGUCCUUGUCCUGUCUCAAUGUUGCUACGUCAUCAUGGAUGAAGCAGAUCGGAUGAUUGAUCUCGGUUUCGAGGAGUCAGUGAACAAGAUUCUCGAUGCCCUGCCGGUGACCAACGAGAAGCCCGACACGGACGAUGCGGAAAACGCGACCUUGAUGAAGAGCUAUCUCGGUGCCAGGGACAGGUACAGACAGACGAUGAUGUACACGGCCACCAUGCCGCCGACUGUCGAAAAGAUUGCGAGAAAGUAUCUGCGGCGCCCGGCCAUCGUCACGAUCGGUAAUGCUGGCGAGGCCGUCGAUACUGUCGAGCAACGGGUCGAGAUGGUGUCCGGCGAGGACAAGAAAAAGAAGCGGCUGCAGGAGAUCCUUGCCGCUGGAGAAUUUGCCCCGCCCAUCAUCGUAUUCGUCAACAUCAAGCGCAAUUGCGACGCUGUUGCGCGAGACGUCAAGCAGAUGGGCUACUCCGCAGUCACGCUACACGGAAGCAAGACGCAGGAGCAGAGAGAGGCGGCGCUGGCAUCGGUUCGCAAUGGGCAGACGCAGGUUCUCGUGGCGACAGAUUUGGCAGGAAGAGGUAUCGACGUGCCCGACGUCAGUCUCGUCAUCAACUUCAACAUGGCGACCAGCAUCGAGAGCUACACGCAUCGCAUCGGUCGUACGGGUCGCGCGGGCAAGAGUGGUGUUGCCAUUACAUUCUUGGGCAACGAGGAUGCGGACCUAUUCUACGACUUGAAGCAGAUGCUCUCCAAGAGCUCCAUCUCGCGUCCAUCGCACCUCGCAAUUACCAUCACAAUGGACUCGGCCGCAGUAGCGAUGGAGAUUCCCCACCAUGACGCACCCGUGUCGCUGAAGAAGAGCCGUACCGCGGCUCUGGAGGCUAUGGAGGACAUUGUCUACGGAUCAGUCGCCGGCGUUGUCGGAAAAUACAUCGAGUAUCCCUUCGACACGGUCAAGGUCCGCCUCCAAUCCCAACCCGACAACCAGCCUCUCCGCUACAAGGGCCCGAUCGACUGUUUUCGCCAGUCCUUCCAGGCUGAGGGCUUCCGCGGCCUAUACCGCGGUAUCAGCGCACCGCUCGUCGGAGCCGCGCUCGAGAACAGCAGUCUGUUCUUCUUCGAACGGAUCGGUCGCGCCGCCGUAUACCAGUCGGGAUGGACGCCCCAAGGCCAGGAGCUGUCACUCUCAGCCCUGUGGUUCACCGGUGCCUUCUCCGGCUUCUUCACUUCAUACGUCCUGACGCCCGUCGAACUCGUCAAGUGCAAGAUCCAGGCGCCUGCCGGCGCCGACGGCUCAGGGGCAUCACAACAGCUGCGCCCGCUGUCUGUCGUCCGCGAUAUCUACCGCCACCAAGGCAUCAGGGGCUUCUGGCAUGGACAGAUGGGUACUCUGAUCCGCGAGUCGGGCGGCUGCGCUGCGUGGUUCGGCAGCAAGGAGACGGUUACAAAGAUGUUCAACGUGCUCAACGCCAGGUCGGCCAAGACGCAAGGAGAGAGGGACGCCUUGGUUGGGAAGCCACUACCGCUGUGGCAACAGGCGCUGGCGGGCGCCUCGGGCGGUGUGUCAUACAACUUCCUCUUCUUCCCAGCCGACACGAUCAAGUCGCGCAUGCAGACGGCAGCUAUCGGCGACGCAGCGCUGAACCGAUCAUUCUGGCAGGAAGGCGCGGCCGUCUGGCGGCAACACGGCUUGAGGGGUCUGUACCGGGGCUGCGGCAUUACGUGCCUUCGCUCGGCGCCCAGCUCGGCCUUUAUUUUCAUUGUUUUUGACGGCCUCAAGCGACAUUUCCCUCUGCAGUAG